UAUUAUGAGUGCGAAUGACCCAGAGAAGAAAGCGAAAAUAGAUUUUGAUUGGGUUGGAAAUUCUUCUGAGAGCAUGAUAGAAAAACCAAUUUUGUUGUUUGUGUCAACUCUUUUAGUUUGUCAUCUCCAAUCAGCAUCAGGUUGUAACAAUACAGUAAACCUGACAAAUGAGACGGUCGUCACAACUCUAAAUGAAAGCUGUUCUUGGACAAUCAAGUCCCCAAACUCAACAACCAUCGUCCUGCAGGUCACGACCCUUAACCUCACUGACCCCCGAGAUAGUGUGAUUGUACUGAGUGAUACAGCACUCAUAGCAUCUUACACAAUAUUGGAUAAAAAUGGGGAUUUAUUGGUGAGCAGUGGGGACAGCCUUGAUAUAGAGACAAGCUACAACUCUCAGAAUAAAUCACCCCGGAAUGUCACAGUGACCCUGACACCCCAAGGGAGUGGAGGGAGAUACAGUGGGAGUGGGGAGGUGAAGUUAAAUGCCUCGUCCCUCCCCCAGAACAACUCGCAGUCCGUCUACUUCCAGUUGAUUGCCUCCCCUGGACAACAGGUGCAGAUUUUACUGAAUGACAGCAAUCUUUAUCCUACCACCACAGUCAGCUUCUAUGAUGGCUUAAAACCCGUCCCAGGGAAUCUACUGGUGAAACAAGGAACAACUGACCAAUUCUUCCCAGUCACCUCCAGAACAGGAUCUCUGCUGAUUGUUGCUGAAAAUUUCAAAAACCAGGAGUUCUUCUCUGGAUCUUUUAAUAGUAUACCAUCUGGAUGUGACAAGAUUUUAACAUCCCCUACAUCUAGCUUCCAGAUACAGAGAAUAAACAUAGAUACACAGUGCUCUAUAGUGACAGUUCCUCCAAACACAGGAAUUACAGCCUUUAGAGUUCAAGGUUUGAACUUGUGUAAGAAUGAGACAGUAACAAUCUAUGAGGGUCACAGCAAAUAUGACAAAAGGAUAGCAACCCUCACCAAUCAGAGUUCACAAGUCACCCCACUGUUUUAUGUCAGAGCUAACAAAGGAUUUAGAAUGGACAUUGACUCUGUGUAUGCUGAAUGUAGAAAUGAAUCUGUAGAGCCCGUAACACUGACUGGAAUGUAUACAGCAGAGCCGGAUUGUGGAGGGACCUUGACAUCCACGGAUGGGCUGAUAUCCAGUCCGGAAUAUCCUAACUUCUAUCCCCUCAAUUCUAACUGCCAGUGGAGUCUGCCAGUUCCUGAAAAUGGGUCAACUUUAGUUUAUGUUACCAUGGAUACAGCAAACUUAACUUCUGAUCAUUCUUUGAGACUGCAGGAUGGCACAGGUCAGACAUUAUGGGAGUUUAGUGGGAGUGUUUUACCAGAGACGGAUGCUAUCAUCUCCUUAAAUAAAUCCGAGUCAGAACUGGCCAGUCUGGUGUUUGACAGCUCAUCAGCUUCAGGACAGGGGGUGGGCAAUGUCAGUACAGGAUUCAGGGCAAACUACAGGCUACUCAAAUGUGGGGGAUACCUGAGUUCAUCCAAUGGAAGUCUUGCCAUUCCUGAGGGGAUCCCAAAGGGGGAAUCCUGUAUAUGGAUCAUCAGUCUUCCUAAAUUGGGGGUUGACAACAGCACAAAUAUUAUCCAGUUCACAUUAUCAGUCCCUAAAAUGACUUCAAACUCAAGCAUACAAGUGUUAGAUGGAGGAACAGCAAGGUCUAAAGCAUUUUCUGUCAACUCUAAAUCAUCCAAGAGUUAUCUGAGUCGCACUAAUGCAUUGUGGGUGAAAAUGGUGGCUCCAGCCAAGCUCACACUUACUUAUAACACACACAGCUGUUCCACAAAAGACCAGUGUAAAAACGGGCUAUGCCUUCACCCGGAGUGGAGAUGUGACGGUGUGGAUGAUUGUGGGGAUAUGACUGAUGAAGAGAAUUGUCCCUGUUCUUCUCCUUCUGUCAAGCAGGGAUUGAAGACGUACCUGGUGGUGAUCAUAGCUCUGAUGUGUCUGGCCUUGGGGGUGGUUCUUACAAUACUGAUUCCUGCGGUAUACAAGCGGUUCCGUUACCCCAACUACCGCCACCUCCAGGACCUGAUGGAGCCGUCAGUUACGUAAACAACAGCCGUGGAACUGCGAGACUAGGUGGUACCCUGCCUAUCUACACAUUCCAGACCCGAGUUCACUUCUGAGUUUACAUGCAUUGUAGAUAUGUCAUAGUCAUUUUAGAGACAUUAUUUCCAUCCUGUUUUAUUCACAUUCAGAUAUACCUAGAGCUUGGAGGUAGAAGGAUAUCACAUAUUUUUAAAUAUGCAAUAACUAAUGCUCAAAUUAUGUGUGCCAUCUUCACUUCAUUUUGUAAAUAUUAUUUUUGGUUGAGAGGAGAUAUUGUCCUAGUUUGAAGAACUACAGACAUUAGUACUUGUUUUUGAUUCUUGUUUGUGAGAAGCUUCUUAAGGAAAUUCAGUGGUGGAAGAUAUAUUUUUCAACAAACUUAACAACAGUAUAUCAAUGUUACAGGCAAAAUGUGUUUCUAGCUUUUGUUGUUGACUCUUUACUUAUGUGCUAAGAUACAACUUAAACUGAUUUUUUUUCACAUUAGUUACACAAGAUCUGCAGGAUCUAGUCAUUCUUUUUACAGUCUGAUGUGGAUCAUUUAUUUUUUAUCUGAUACUGAGCAUUUAUUCUAUACACUAGUUAAGAUCUGAAAAUAGAAACUUUAUGUCAAUUAAAGGAUCUGCCAAAGUUUGAUAUUUUAUAAAAAAUAUUAACUCCUUUCUUAGCAGAUAAUAAUUUAUACUGAUAUUAACUGUUUUAAGUGUUUUACAAUUUACAAAUGUCAUUAAUCCUUAAUUUGAUGUCCAUUUCAUACUGGUACAUCUAAGUGUAAGUUCUUCAGUAUCUGCAUAAAAAUACUCAACAUUUUGGAGAUUACUGUACAAACAUUAACUGUGUUAAAUGCUAAGAGAAGCACUGAUGGAGGA